GGCAGUUAACAUCAGCACGACCGCCGCGCAGCACCGAGCCCCCCCUGUCCCGAACCCUCAUAAUGCACGGAGGCAAGAGAGGACUGGUGGCUCCGCAAAACACUUUCCUGGAGAACCUCGUCCGGCGCUCCAGCGAAACCAGUUUCCUGCUGGGAAAUGCACAGAUCGUGGAGUGGCCAGUCGUAUACAGCAACGAUGGAUUCUGCAAGCUGUCUGGUUACCACAGGGCUGAGGUCAUGCACAGGAGCAGCACGUGCAAUUUCAUGUACGGAGACCUGACUGAUAAGAAGACUAUAGACAAAAUCCGACAAGCCUUUGACAGCCAUAAGUCCAGUUUCUAUGAGGUGCUGCUCUAUACAAAGAAUAGAACACCAAUAUGGCUUUACAUGCAGGUAGCUCCAAUCAGAAAUGAAAAGGACAAGGUGGUGCUUUUUCUCUGUACCUUCAGAGACAUUACACUUUUCAAACAGCCAAUUGAGGAGGAAUCAGCAAGAGCAGGAUGGACAAAGUUUGCCAGACUGACACGGGCUCUGACCAACAACCGCAACCUGGUGCAGCAGGUAGCCCCACUGAGCAAGACCGAGGUCAGCCACAAGCCCUCCAGACUGGCUGAGGUUCUCCAGCUGGGAUCAGACAUUCUCCCUCAGUACAAACAAGAGGCCCCCAAGACGCCUCCGCACAUUAUUCUCCAUUACUGCACCUUCAAGACCACUUGGGACUGGGUCAUCCUCAUCCUGACCUUCUACACCGCCAUCAUGGUGCCCUACAACGUCUCGUUUAAGACCAAGCAAAACAAUUUGGCCUGGCUGGUGGUGGACAGCGUCGUAGACGUCAUCUUCCUGAUUGACAUUGUGCUAAACUUCCACACCACCUUUGUGGGUCCUGCUGGAGAAGUCAUUUCAGAUGCAAAGCUGAUACGAAUGAAUUACCUGAAGACGUGGUUUGUCAUUGAUCUACUGUCCUGUCUGCCCUAUGAUAUCAUCAAUGCCUUUGAAAAUGUGGAUGAGGAUGUCAUUACAUCUGCAUCUCCAGCGAGUCAUCUUCGUGAGUCUUCAAAUUUCCACAGAAAUACCACACGCAUAGAAGAUUCUGUACUUCCAGGUCUCAGCAGCCUCUUCAGCUCCCUGAAGGUGAUCCGCCUGCUCCGUCUGGGCCGAGUGGCCCGGAAGUUGGACCACUACCUGGAGUACGGAGCAGCCGUCCUGGUAUUACUCGUCUGUGUGUUCGGUCUGGUGGCCCACUGGCUGGCGUGCAUCUGGUACAGCAUCGGGGACUACGAGGUCAUCGACGAGACCACCAACACCAUUAAGACGGACAGCUGGCUCUACCAGUUGGCUUCGAGUAUAGGAACUCCUUACCGCUACAAUGCCAGCGGCACAGGCCAGUGGGAAGGUGGUCCCAACAAGGACACGCUGUACAUUUCUUCUCUUUACUUCACUAUGACAAGUCUCACCACCAUCGGAUUUGGCAACAUUGCUCCAACGACAGAUGGCGAGAAGAUUUUCUCUGUGGCUAUGAUGAUGGUGGGCUCACUGCUGUACGCGACCAUCUUUGGAAACGUCACCACCAUCUUCCAACAGAUGUACACCAACACAAACCGCUACCAUGAGAUGCUCAACAACGUGCGGGACUUCCUCAAACUUUACCAGGUCCCCAAAGGUCUGAGUGAGAGAGUCAUGGACUUCAUCGUCUCCACCUGGGCCAUGUCCAAGGGCAUUGACACAGACAAGGUUCUCUCCAUUUGUCCCAAAGACAUGCGAGCAGACAUCUGCGUCCACUUGAACAGGCAGGUGUUCAACGACCACCCGGCGUUUCGUCUGGCCAGCGACGGCUGCCUGCGCUCUCUCGCUGUGGAGUUUCAGACCACGCACUGUGCGCCCGGAGACCUCAUCUUCCACAUCGGCGAGAGCGUCGACACCCUCUGCUUUGUAGUCUCCGGCUCGCUCGAAGUCAUCCAGGAUGAUGAGGUCAUUGCAAUACUCGGUAAAGGUGAUGUGUUCGGAGAUGCGUUCUGGAAAGAGACCACGCUGGCCCGCGCUUGCGCAAAUGUUCGAGCUCUGACCUACUGCGACCUGCACGUCAUCAGGAGAGAGGCUCUGAUGAAGGUGCUGGAGUUUUACACAGCAUUUGCCAGCUCGUUCUCCCGCAACCUCAUACUCACCUGCAAUCUACGAAAACGGAUAAUCUUCAGAAAGAUUGCUGAUGUGAUGAGGGAGCGGGAGCGCCAGAGAUGCGAGGUGACUCUCUCCAUUCCGGAGGACCACCCAGUCCGCAAGCUGUUCCAGAGGUUCAGGCAGCAGAGAGACGCCACAACGCCGGGAGAGUCUCACGCUUAUCUCGAUCAUAGCUGUGUGCAGGUGGAGCUGCAGCACCACCACCGCCCCGACUCACACGCUCACACGCAGUGUCAGACUGUAUCCUCGCAGCAGCAGGAGUACAGCGCCACUGUGCAGAAUAAUGGGCCCUGCGCAGGCGGAGGGAGCGCGGCCAGCGGGUGUCCAAUGGCUGCACCUCCGCCAGCAUUUGUUCACACUGAAACAUCAGAACCAAGCGGCACAGAAGAGGCAGGGGAGUCCAUACCAAGGCCUUGCGCGGAGAAUCAACUUUGCCAGAGGGUUAGCAGCUCUGCACGGGGCAGUGGCGCAGGUGGAGAGGGAGCUGUAGGGGGUCUUACCAGCAGCAGAGGUGCUAGAGGCUGGGCGAAGUUUAGAGGCGCCGCGUCCGCCGCACUGGCGCCUCCCGCUGUCGGGCAAGAAAAGCAGACUCAAAAAGCAGAGGGGUGGCCGAAAGGAUCGCAGUCCUCAGAACAGCUGGCAGCUGCCAACAAGUCAGAGGAAGGUGGAGAGACGGGGGCCACGGAAGGUGGAAACAGUGCAGGAGGGGCAGGUGAAGAAACAAGCGCCCUGCACAAAACGGACUCCUGCGACAGUGGUAUAACAAAGAGCGAUCUGCGCAUUGACCGAGCAGGAGAUUCAAGAAGCUCCCUCGAGCGAAGCCCGAUGGAAAAGAGCCCGAUGGAGAGAAAUCCUUUCGAGCACAGUCCGGGCGUCGACAGCGAGGUCUCCCUCAAACACUCUUUUGUACCGCCGGCGUCUGAACAGGCGCUCCUUCAGGCGACGCUGCAUGAAGCCAAGCAGGAGCUGAAAGGAGACAUUCAGAUCCUGAGCGGCCGGCUGUCGGUCCUCGAGUCGCAGGUAGGCGAGAUCCUCAGGUUGCUGUCGUUAAAAAGGAGACUCUCGCUGCCACCGACCUCUUCCCCAAAGGCCAGAGUCAAAAGUCAAGACUCCGUCGCUGCCCCCAGGCCCGUCGCACCGAACACCGAUGAUGGGCCUUUUUGAAUCCGCCGAUUUAAAAACCCACAAACUGGAUCUCUUAAAAUAAACUGAUGUCCAUGAGCGUCAUGCAUGUCCUGCUGGACUCUGGCCUGCCAAAGAGAUUUCUUUUGUCAAACACCCGACCGCAUGCAGAAAUCCUCUUUCAUGUUACCUUAGCACCACAAAAAAACCCAGGGAUUUUUCUAACAGUCUUUGACUUUGGAGGCACUGUUAUGUCCCUGUGUCUGCCACGUUUCAGAAUGCUGAGAAGGAACAGGGAGAAUUCAGGAGAAUAAACACUGGUACUGUUAUCACUAGGAAAUCUAGUACUCCGCUAACUCUAACUCUUAAAGCCACUUGUUCAGGUCCUAGAGAAAGCAGGAGCAGCUUCUAUUAUUCUGGACAGACCGGAGCUCAGUUAACACCCUGUAUGUUAAGUCAUUUUAUCUCCCUUUAUCUUACCCAACAGUAUUUCCGAUUUUGUUGCUCAUCCUCGCUGGGGUGGCAAUGGUGACUAUCUGUCUAUUGAUCAGCUGUCAGGUAAUUAAACGUGUGCCUUACAAUAUAAAGCCUCAUUCGAUGUUGUUGACAGAACUGGAGGAUACUGGAAACCCUUUUUUUU